CUCACAAAUGCGACCAUGGCGCAUGCUCACUCAAUUUCGCGUAAAUGAGUGAAUUCGAACAUCUUCAUUACCCAAAGUAUUGCCAAGAGGCUGUAGAAUGUUGAAACGGCCAGGAGAAAAUCUCGCCCGCACCGAGGACGGCGCAACCUACAACAAACUACGGCGUCCGGAUAACUGGCCCAUAGAACCACCCAUCGCUUCCGUCUCGGAUGACACACGGACACAACAUAGUUGCGCAAAAGAUGAAAUAGCAGGCGACGAUGCGGAGCAGAGCUUGUCCGAAAAAACAACACCAAGAGGCAAGCAGCGAAACAGACCAAUCUUCAGCUUCAAGAAGAACAAGUCGACUACUUCCGACGGGUGCCUGCCCAUGGAAGAUGAAGACUUCUCAGGGUCCGAAAAUGACGAUGUAUCGUUUGCUGCUGUACAGUACCUCAAAAGUGUGAGAGCCGAAGCGAAUGAUUUACCUCUUGUAUCCGCUAUACCACUCGUUCGAGAACCGUCCACAGAAGACUUUAAGGGUUACUACGAAGAUGGGGCGUACGUAGUAGCACCCGAACUUGGCCCUGCCUACCCGGAAGAUUACGAGGAGGAAUCAUAUGACGAUUACGGCCUCAACGAGGGUGUGGAGGAACAAAAGAGGCUUGCCAGUCGGAUUAUUCGCAUUACGCCUUGCGAGGCGUACACGAAUUCCCUGCUCUCUCGUUUCCAUCAGCUUCGCAGCGCGGUCCAGGCGCUCCAGGUUGACUCAGUGGUAAACGCAGGCUCAUCAGCUGCUUCAAUCAAAAUCCCACGGGCCAUUGAUCUUCGAAGAGCAGACCGCAAAUACUGGGAGUCUCUGAUCAUCAAUAAUUCCCCCAAAUUGUCAGCACUUGCUGUGACUCCGAUCGAGUCCCUCCUCUCUCUUAUCUUCGUCAUUAAGGAGCAGUGCAUGCCCCGCAAGCGAAACAUAAGCAAAAACGUCAGCCUCUGGCUCCUCGCUCUGCUGGCUGCUUUUGAUGAGCGCACAAUUGACAGUGAUACCAUGUAUGACUUGCGCAGCUUAGCGAAGAAGGCGAUCUGGCUACGGAUCGAUCACGAGCCGCGCUUUGCAGAAGCCUCCAAGGCCAUGGGGCGUGAAGCAGGCUAUAUUUUCGACCGUGUACCCUACGAAGAUGAAACCUCAGGCCAUGUAUCAGAAUCGCGGCCUGAAGGCCGAGAUCAUGCGCAGGCAGACGAAAUUCUCUCUGAUCUGCUGGUCGAUGAGACCGUGCCGGACGAUGCGACAAAGGCAACGCUUGACAUGAUUGUCACAGUGCUUGGAGAGAUCUUUGGACAACGUGACUUGCUAGAAUCGCGGACUGUUGUAGAUUGGCCCCAAUCUGGGCAAGGUACUGAGGAUUACGCAUGCGACGAAGAAAAUUGAACGACUGAAAAACAGAAUACUGCCUUAUUUUCUGCCGCCUGAACUUCCUUCUUAUCUUCUGAAUUGGAGGGGAAAAGGGGAAAAAAGCAGUAAAAGAAAAAGGGCACCCCAUUCGAGGCGAGAGCAUCACGUUAGAGUCUUCAGGACUUCGCGCGAUAUACAUGACGAGAGUGGGUUGGGCCAGACUAGCUGUGGAUAACAGAAUUGGUCAAGAUCUUCUAUUCGUUUGCUCUAUGCUGUUUAGAUCAUGGCGUCACGAGCGCCGUGAAUAUGGCCCGUUCCCGACGCUGCCUCAGCCCUUGGCAGG